GAAUCCUUCCCUCUGACGUGGAAAGGGGUUCUCAAAUCUUUUAAAACCCGCGUCUUGUCUUCCUCUUCAUUUGGUGACAAGUGAACAAGUCUCUUCUAACUCAGCUGUACUGAUCUCGCUUUAUUUUCUACUUCACGAUCUGCCGUCUCUUUUUGAAAUUUCCUACCAUGCUUCGAGCUGUCUAUUAAGAACCAGAUAACAUAUUUCUCACAAGUUUGUCAAUUAAAAAGAGGACUCGCUGUUUUCAAAACGAAACUUGGAUUCCUUAAUUUAUCAUUCUGCUGACAGAUGUGCUUGGUUUGACAAGCGCGAUCAUUUUAGCAAGAAGCUGUGACUUUUUUUUAAGUUUUAAAAAAGUUUUCUGAGUGGCGCGCUCCUGGAACUCCCUACGUGCAGUAGAUUUCACACUGGCCUUGUUGAUUGUGGUAUAAAAAGGGGCACACAAACCGAAGUCAUGAUGAGCAAUAACACAUACUACGACCAGCAGCAGCCUCCGUACUACCAAGGCACCAAUAACGGGGAAGAUCAGGAAGAGAUGCCUGCCACAGAGAAGGACCUGGCUGAGGAUGCCCCGUGGAAGAAAAUCCAACAGAACACCUUCACCCGAUGGUGCAACGAGCACCUGAAAUGCGUCAAUAAAAAGAUCAACGAUCUGCAAAAAGAUCUGAGCGAUGGGUUAAAGCUGAUCGGUUUGUUGGAGGUCCUGAGUCAGAAGAAAAUGUACAGAAAAUACCACCCCAGACCUAACUUUAGACAGAUGAAAUUCGAAAACGUUUCGGUGGCACUGGAGUUUCUGGAUAGAGAACAUAUCAAGCUGGUAUCGAUAGACAGCAAAGCUAUUGUAGAUGGGAACCUGAAGCUGAUCCUGGGUCUGAUCUGGACCCUCAUCCUGCACUACUCCAUCUCCAUGCCCAUGUGGGAGGAUGAGGACGAGGAGGACGCCAAGAAACAGACGCCUAAGCAAAGGCUGCUGGGAUGGAUCCAGAACAAGAUCCCGCAGAUGCCCAUCACCAAUUUUCACAGAGACUGGAAGGACGGCAAAGCUUUGGGUGCCUUGGUGGACAACUGUGCGCCAGGUCUGUGCCCUGAUUGGGAAUCCUGGGACCCUAACCAGCCUGUGGAGAAUGCCAGGGAAGCCAUGCAGCAGGCUGAUGACUGGCUGGGUGUGCCUCAGGUGAUCGCUCCUGAGGAGAUUGUCGACCCCAAUGUAGAUGAGCACUCUGUGAUGACUUACUUGUCACAGUUUCCCAAAGCCAAGCUGAAGCCUGGGGCUCCACUCCAAUCCAAACAGCUGAACCCAAAGAAAGCCAGGGCCUAUGGACCAGGUAUCGAGCCCCACGGUAAUAUUGUGCUGAAGCCUGCAGAGUUCACUGUGGAAACGGUUGAUGCUGGUCUGGGAGAGGUGCUGGUCUAUGUGGAGGACCCAGAAGGGCAUAACGAGGAGGCCAGAGUUAUUGCCAACAAUGACAAAAACAGAACCUACUCUGUGGCUUAUGUCCCCAAGGUUGCAGGACUUCAUAAGGUGACAGUGCUGUUUGCAGGUCAGAACAUUGACAAGAGCCCCUUCAUGGUCAAUGUUUCCAUGGCACUGGGAGAUCCCAACAAAGUGUCAGCUCGGGGACCCGGGUUGGAGCCUGUAGGAAACAUUGCCAAUAAGCCCGCCUACUUUGACAUCUACACAGCCGGUGCUGGAGCAGGAGAUGUGGGCGUCAUCAUUGUGGACCCCCAGGGCCGUCGUGACACAGUGGAGGUCAUCCUGGAAGACAAAGGGGACAGCAUUUACCGCUGUACCUAUCGCCCCAUGCUGGAAGGGCCCCACACUGUUUUUGUCACCUUCGCUGGGGCCCAAAUCCCCAAGAGUCCUUUUACUGUCAACAUAUCAGAAGCCUGCAACCCCAAUGCCUGCCGGGCUACAGGCCGAGGCCUGCAGCCUAAAGGGGUCCGGGUGAAAGAGGUGGCUGACUUCAAGGUGUUCACCAAAGGAGCCGGAAGUGGAGAGCUUAAAGUGCUUGUAAAAGGGCCAAAAGGCACAGAGGAACCAGUGAAAGUCACUGAAGUCAGUGAAGGAGUGUUUGAAUGAAUAUAUUGUGAAUAUUACCCUGUGAUCUCGGGAAAGUACACUAUCACUAUCACUUGGGGAGGAUGCACUAUCCCAAGAAGCCCCUUCGAGGUCCAGGUCUGUGCUGAAGCUGGGGCACAGAAGGUGCGAGCUUGGGGCCCUGGCUUGGAGACUGGCAUGGUGGGCAAGUCGGCCGACUUUGUGGUGGAGGCCAUCGGAACUGAAGUGGGGACACUUGGUUUCUCCAUUGAGGGUCCUUCUCAGGCUAAAAUUGAAUGCGACGACAAAGGUGACGGCUCCUGCGAUGUUCGCUACUGGCCGACCGAGCCUGGUGACUAUGCCGUCCAUGUCAUCUGUGAUGAUGAGGAUAUCAAAGACAGCCCCUUCAUGGCUCACAUCCUUCCCGCUGUCAAUGACGUAUUCCCAGAAAAGGUUAAAGCCUAUGGCCCAGGACUGGAGCAAACAGGCUGUAUUGUUAACAAACCAGCAACAUUUACCAUUGAUGCCCGGGGAGCAGGCAAGGCAGAACUCAAGAUCUAUGCACAGGAUGCUGAAGGUAUCCCCAUCGAUAUCAAGAUUACUGAUAAUGGAGACAACACAUUCAUCUGUGUUUAUAUCCCCAUUAAACCAAUCAAGCACACCAUCAUCAUUACAUGGGGCGAAGUCAACAUCCCUCACAGUCCAUUCAGGGUUAACAUUGGAGAAGGCAGCCACCCGGAACAUGUCAAGGUGUACGGCCCUGGAGUUGAAAAGACAGGACUCAAGGCAAAUGAACCCACAUACUUCACAGUGGACUGUGGUGAAGCAGGGCAGGGUGAUGUGAGCAUUGGAAUUAAGUGCGCCCCAGGAGUUGUGGGGCCUGCAGAGGCUGACAUUGACUUUGACAUCAUUAAGAACGACAAUGACACCUUCACUGUGAAAUACACCCCACCUGGUGCAGGCCGCUACACUAUCAUGGUGCUGUUUGCUGACCAGGAAAUUCCCUUGAGCCCCUUCCGGAUUAAAGUUGACCCAUCCCACGAUGCCAACAAGGUGAAGGCAGAAGGUCCAGGACUCAGCAAAACUGGUGUGGAGGUGGGCAAACCAACCCAUUUCACAGUCUUCACUAAGGGCGCUGGCAAGGCUAAACUGGAUGUUAAUUUUAGUGGUGCCGUAAAAGGAGAAGCAGUGCGAGACUUUGAGAUCAUUGAUAACCAUGACUACUCUUACACAGUGAGAUACACUGCAGUACAGCAGGGUACUAUCACUAUCUCAGUUACCUACGGUGGAGAUCCCAUUCCCAAGAGUCCAUUCACUGUUAGUGUGGCUCCAUCCCUUGAUCUCAACAAGGUCAAAGUGCAAGGACUUAACAACAAAGUGGAUGUUGGGAAAGACCAGGAGUUCACAAUCAACACUCAUGGGGCAGGAGGACAGGGAAAGGUGGAUGUGAAAAUCACCUCCCCAUCUCGUCGACCCAUCCCCUGCAAGGUCGAGACAGGCACCACCAAUGAUGUGCACUCUGUGAAGUAUAUGCCCCCUGAGGAGGGGCCCUACAAAGUGGAGGUCACCUAUGAUGGGAACCCUGUGCCUGGAAGUCCCUUCACAGUAGAGGGGGUCAUGCCCCCAGAUCCUUCCAAGGUGCGUGCCUAUGGCCCUGGCCUAAAGGGAGGGAUAGUGGGCAAACCAGCUCCCUUUGCCAUUGAUACUAAAGGAGCUGGCACCGGUGGACUUGGUCUUACAGUGGAAGGUCCUUGCGAGGCUAAGAUUGAGUGCCAGGACAACGGUGAUGGCUCCUGCUCUGUCUCUUACCUGCCCACCGAGGCUGGAGAGUAUGCCAUCAACAUUCUCUUUGCCGAGGCUCACAUCCCCGGAUCACCUUUCAAGGCAGCCAUCAAGCCUGGGUUUGACCCUAGCAAGGUGACAGCCAGUGGCCCAGGUCUGGAACGAGGCAAGGUCAAUGAGUCCGGAUCCUUCACCGUGGACUGCUCCAAGGCUGGGGAAGCAGAACUGACCAUUGAGAUCAUCUCAGAAUCUGGUGUCAAGGCUGAGGUGCACAUCCAGAACAACAGCGAUGGCACCUACUCCAUCACCUACAUACCCGCCUUCCACGGCAUGUACACCAUCACCAUCAAGUAUGGCGGACACUCCGUGCCCAAGUUCCCAGCUCGUGUCCAGGUGGACCCUGCUGUCAACACCAGUGGGAUCAAGGUUUACGGACCCGGAGUUGAACCACGGGGUGUUCUUCGUGAAGUUACCACUGAAUUCACCGUGGAUGCUCGUGCACAAACCAAGACUGGAGGAAACCACAUAAAAGCAAGAAUUGUUAACCCUUCAGGCAGCAAAACAGACACAUACAUCAGUGACAAAGGGGACGGGACUUACAGGGUGGAGUACACAGCCUAUGAAGAUGGUGUUCACGUGAUAGAAGUGCUUUAUGAUGAUGUGGCUGUUCCCAAGAGCCCCUUCAGGGUGGGCGUUGCUGAGGGUUGUGAUCCUACCCGUGUUAGAGCCUUUGGACCCGGUCUGGAGGGAGGCCUUGUCAAUAAACCCAAUCGCUUCACUGUAGAAACCAGAGGGGCAGGUACCGGUGGCCUCGGCUUAGCUAUUGAGGGCCCAUCAGAAGCCAAGAUGUCCUGUAAAGAUAACAAAGAUGGCAGCUGUAGUGUGGAGUACAUACCCUUCACUCCAGGAGACUAUGAUGUCAACAUUACCUUUGGUGGACGCCCUAUUCCAGGAAGUCCAUUUCGAGUGCCUGUGAAGGAGGUAGUGGAUCCUAGCAAAGUGAAGUGCUCUGGCCCUGGCCUGGGAACCGGAGUGCGAGCCCACAUCCCACAGACCUUCACUGUCGACAGCAGUAAGGCCGGUCUUGCCCCACUGGAAGUGCUCUUGCUUGGGCCUGCAGGAGUGGCAGAGCCUGUUGAUAUCAAAGAUAAUGGAGAUGGCACCCACACAGUUAACUACACCCCAGCAAUGGAUGGCCCUUACACUGUCACAGUGAAAUACGCUGACCAGGAGGUACCACGCAGCCCAUUCAAGAUAAAGGUUUCGCCCACUCAUGAUGCUAGCAAGGUUCGUGCCAGUGGACCAGGUCUCAAUGCCUCCGGGGUUCCAGCCAGCUUGCCAGUGGAGUUCACUAUCGAUGCCAGGGAUGCCGGGGAGGGUCUCCUCACUGUCCAGAUCCUUGAUCCUGAAGGAAAACCCAAAAAAGCAAACAUUCGGGACAAUGGGGAUGGAACCUACACAGUAUCAUAUGUGCCUGAUAUGACAGGACGUUAUACCAUCACCAUCAAGUAUGGCGGUGAUGAGAUUCCAUACUCCCCAUACCGCAUUCAUGCACUGCCAACUGGAGAUGCCAGCAAGUGUCUGGUGACAGUAUCAAUUGGAGGACAUGGUCUGGGAACUGGUCUGGGACCCACCAUUCAGAUUGGUGAAGAGACCAUGAUCACGGUUGAUGCAAAGGCCGCUGGCAAGGGAAAGGUUACGUGCAAGGUGUCAACCCCUGACGGGGCUGAGUUAGACGUUGAUGUGGUAGAAAACUCAGACGGGACGUUUGAUAUUUACUACACUGCUCCAGAGCCAGGCAAAUACGUUAUCACCAUCCGCUUUGGGGGAGAGCAUAUUCCUAAUAGCCCCUUCCAUGUGGUGGCGACAGAGGAACCCAUUGCCCCUGUUGAUGUCCUGGAGUCCAUGCUUAGGCCUUUUAAUUUGGUCAUUCCUUUUACUGUCCAAAAGGGAGAGAUUACAGGUGAAGUGCGUAUGCCUUCAGGCAAGACAGCCCGUCCGAAUAUAACUGACAACAAAGAUGGAACUGUCACUGUGAAAUAUGCCCCAACGGAAAAGGGACUGCAUGAAAUGGAUAUUAAGUAUGAUGGAAACCAUAUUCCUGGAAGCCCACUGCAGUUUUAUGUGGAUGCCAUCAACAGUGGUCACGUGACUGCUUAUGGGGCAGGCUUAAGCCAUGGAAUGGUGAACAAACCAGCCACGUUCACUAUUGUUACAAAGGAUGCUGGAGAAGGUGGUCUGUCUCUUGCUGUUGAAGGCCCAUCUAAAGCUGAGAUCACCUGUAAGGACAACAAGGAUGGCACUUGCACUGUCUCCUACCUCCCCACGUCACCUGGCGAUUACAACAUUAUUGUCAAGUUUGACGACAAACAUAUCGCAGGAAGCCCCUUCACUGCAAAGAUCACAGGGGAUGAUUCCAUGAGAACAUCUGAGCUCAAUGUUGGCACUGCAACGGAUGUCUCUUUGAAGAUCACAGAGACAGAUCUGAGUUCCUUAACAGCAAGUAUCAGAGCGCCCUCUGGCAAUGAGGAGCCUUGUCUGCUGAAGAGACUGCCAAACAGGCAUAUUGGUAUUUCGUUCACGCCCAAGGAAGUUGGAGAGCAUGUGGUUAGUGUAAAGAAGAACAGCAAACAUGUCACUAACAGCCCCUUCAAAAUCAUGGUGGGUCAGUCGGAGAUUGGAGAUGCCAGCAAAGUGAAGGUUUCAGGAAAAGGAUUGGUGGAAGGUCAUACCUUUGAGGUGUCUGAGUUUAUUGUGGAUACUAGGAAUGCAGGUUAUGGGGGUCUAGGUUUGUCAAUCGAAGGUCCAAGUAAAGUUGACAUAAACUGUGAAGAUGUGGAGGAUGGAACUUGUAAGGUGACAUACUGUCCAACAGAGCCUGGCAACUACAUCAUCAACAUCAAAUUUGCUGACAAACAUGUACCCGGCAGUCCAUUUACGGUGAAGGUGACUGGGGAGGGGCGUAUGAAGGAGAGCAUUACCAGGAAGAGACAGGCUCCCUCCAUUGCCACAGUUGGCAGCACCUGUGACCUCAACCUCAAAAUUCCAGGGAACUGGUUCCAGAUGGUGUCAGCCCAGGAGCGUCUGACACGCACUUUCACACGCAGUAGCCACACCUACACACGCACUGAGCGCACCGAGAUCAGCAAAACUCGGGCCGGGGAGACCAAGAGGGAGGUCAGGGUGGAGGAGUCCACGCAGGUUGGAGGAGAUCCCUUCCGUGAUGUCUUUGGAGAGUUCCUUGGCCGGGAGAGCCUGGGAACAUUCACUGGCAUUCCCAGACCAGAGGGAGAAGCUGGAUCUCAGGAGAUGACAGCCCAGGUCACCAGCCCAUCAGGGAAGACCGAUGAUGCAGAGAUCAUUGAGGGAGAAGAUAGCACCUACAGCGUGCGCUUUGUGCCUCAGGAGAUGGGUCCCCAUACUGUGAAUGUGAAGUACAGGGGGCAGCAUGUGCCUGGCAGCCCCUUCCAGUUUACUGUGGGGCCCCUGGGUGAGGGCGGCGCCCACAAGGUCAGGGCAGGUGGCACCGGCCUGGACCGAGGGGUGGCUGGAGUUGCAGCUGAGUUCAGUAUCUGGACCCGAGAGGCAGGCGCAGGUGGUCUGUCCAUAGCAGUAGAAGGCCCAAGCAAAGCUGAGAUUUCAUUUGAAGACAGAAAAGACGGCUCAUGUGGUGUCUCUUACAUCGUUCAGGAGCCUGGUGAUUAUGAGGUUUCAAUCAAGUUUAAUGAUGAACACAUCCCAGACAGUCCCUUUAUUGUACCAGUAGCCACUCUUUCUGAUGAUUCUAGAAGACUCACUGUAACCAGUCUUCAGGAGACCGGAUUAAAGGUCAACCAACCUGCAUCCUUUGCUGUGCAGCUGAACGGAGCCAGAGGAGUGAUUGAUGCCAAGGUCCACACACCUUCUGGUGCUGUGGAAGAGUGCUAUGUCUCAGAACUAGACAGUGAUAAGUAUGCAAUCCGCUUCAUUCCACAUGAGAAUGGGGUCCACUCCAUUGAUGUGAAGUUCAACGCGAACCACAUCCCAGGAAGCCCCUUCAAGAUCCGAGUGGGAGAGCCAGGCCAGGCAGGAGACCCCGAUCUUGUCUCGGCAUACGGACCAGGGCUUGAGGGAGGAACAACAGGAGUGCCUUCGGAGUUUGUAGUUAACACCUGUAAUGCUGGAUGUGGGGCCCUGUCCGUCACUAUUGAUGGCCCAUCCAAGGUUAAAAUGGACUGCAAUGAGUGUCCAGAGGGUUAUAAGGUUAUAUACACACCAAUGGCUCCUGGUAAUUACCUGAUAUCUAUCAAAUACGGUGGACCUCAACACAUCGUGGGGAGCCCCUUUAAAGCAAAGGUUACAGGUGCUCGUCUAUCUGGAGGUCACAGCUUGCACGAAACGUCAACAGUGCUGGUGGAAACAGUCACCAAAUCAGCCACGGUGGGGGGCUAUGGAGCCAUGCCCAAGUUCUCAUCUGACGCCACUAAAGUUGUGUCACGGGGGGCGGGCCUGUCCAAGGCUUUUGUAGGACAGAAAAACACAUUCACAGUAGACUGCAGUAAAGCAGGCACAAACAUGCUUAUGGUCGGCGUCCACGGUCCGAAGACUCCAUGUGAAGAGGUGUACGUCAAACAUAUGGGCAACAGAAUGUACAACGUAACAUACACAGUCAAAGAAAAGGGGGACUACAUUCUUAUUGUCAAAUGGGGAGAUGAAAAUGUUCCAGGAAGCCCUUUCCAUGUCACCGUACCUUAAACACUGCACUGCGUUACACCCUGCCACCCUACCCCGCGACGCACUAAAUAAGGCAAAGAAGAGAAGUUGAGAGAAAGAAAAAAGAGGUUUUAAACAAUGUGUCAAAUCUUUAGAUUCAGAUUCUUUUUGCAAACACUAAGGUCCAUGAGGACACAGUAUUGACAUCACAGCAAGAAAGUCCGUAUUAAAAAACAAGUCUCCCUCAUUUUCUUUCUGCCUUUUUUUUUUAAUAAGAUGAACCCUUAAACUAAGUUGUUGCUUUUUUUGGUCAUGUUUGUAUGUUUAUUUUGGAGAAUACAUAUAUCCAUAGCUUAAAGUCAUUAGUUUAAUUUUUUCCAGCUGAUAUUGGCCAAGCAUUAUCAACAGUUAAAUAUUUUCUUAAACUGAAGGGAAGGGAUUCUUUUAAAUUCCAAGAAUAUACGUUUGUUUUUUGCUUCACUAAUGUAAACAGAAAGCAUUGCAAGUUUAAUUAGCAGAAAUAACUAAUACCUUGUCUUUAAGUAGACACGUGUUAAUAAGCGCAUGCAGGCCAAUAGAAGCUUGAGAAGGGAAAUGUCACUCUAAACAGGUCACUGUCAGGGUAAUGUGGAUAUCUGUAGGGUUUAAUUUAUUUAGUGAAAAAUUAUUUUAAUUGUUUCUUUUUAUAUAAACAGAAAUUCAAUGUAGAGAAACAUUUAUGGAUUCAGUGAGUAGGGUGUUAUGGAAAUGAUGAUGUUUAUAAAUAAAUAAAUACAUACAUACAUACGUACAUACAUAAAUAAACAUACUUAACACAUAAAACUACUGACAGUGACCUCUUACUGUGCCCUGACCCACUUACAAAGUAUGUGAUUGGUCAGAGAAUUCAGCUGUUGCAAUGUACUAUUAUUUGAAUGUUAAAACACAGACUUUGCAUUGAGAUCAGUAUUACAGAGUGCCAUUUUAUAGUGUAUUUGUAUGUAUUAAAAAUGAAAAACCUAAUUGUUUGAUAUAAUAACCAAUUGUUUGGUAAGAUCUUGCAGACAAAAAUAAAGUUUAACUGCUAGCUUGCCACAAAAACAUUA